UCCCGCUUUGUCUUCUAGGGCAGCAAAUACCACUGGCAGAGCCAAAAUGUCAAGCAGAGCGGAGUGGAUGAUAUGGUCCUCCUGUCCAAAAUCACUGAUGACGCCAUCGUGGAGAACCUCAAGAAACGCUACAACGACGACUACAUAUUUACUUACAUCGGCUCAGUGCUCAUUUCGGUCAACCCCUUCAAGCAGAUGCCCUACUUCACGGACAGAGAGGUCGAGCUGUACCAGGGGGCCGCUCAGUACGAGAACCCGCCGCACAUUUACGCCUUGACUGACAACAUGUACAGGAACAUGAUGAUCGACAGCGAGAACCAGUGUGUCAUCAUCAGUGGUGAAAGUGGAGCCGGAAAGACGGUGGCGGCAAAAUACAUCAUGGGAUACAUCUCCAAGGUGUCGGGCGGAGGCCAGAAGGUUCAGCACGUGAAGGACAUCAUCCUGCAGUCCAACCCUCUCCUGGAAGCCUUUGGGAACGCCAAGACGGUCCGCAACAACAACUCCAGCAGAUUUGGCAAGUACUUUGAGAUCCAGUUCAGCCGCGGAGGUGAGCCGGACGGAGGGAAAAUUUCAAAUUUCCUGUUGGAGAAAUCGCGGGUGGUGAACCAGAACGAGAACGAGAGGAACUUCCACAUCUUCUACCAGCUCUUAGAAGGAGCCACCAAGGAGCAGAUGGAGACCCUGGGCAUCAUGACCCCCGAUUAUUACUUCUACCUGAACCAGUCUGGCACCUACAAAGUGGAUGGCACCGUCGACAGCAAAGACUUCCAGGAGACGAUGGAAGCAAUGCAAGUCAUUGGCAUCUCCCCCACGGAGCAGCGGUACACCCUCCAAAUCGUGGCUGGCAUCCUGCACCUGGGGAACAUCUCGUUCAUCGAAGUGGGCAACUAUGCGCAGGUGGAGAGCCUGGACUUGUUGGCCUUCCCAGCGUACCUUCUGGGCAUCGACCAGAACCGCCUCAAUGAGAAACUCACCAGCCGCAAGAUGGACAUUAAAGGGGUCGGCAAAUCAGAAUCGAUUGACGUCACCCUGAACAGGGAGCAGGCCUGCUAUACGCGCGAUGCCCUGUCAAAGGCGCUAUAUGCACGGCUCUUUGACUUUCUGGUGGAGGCGAUCAACAAGGCCAUGCAGAAGCCCUACGAGGAGUACAGCAUCGGGGUGCUCGACAUUUACGGCUUCGAAAUCUUUAAGAAAAACGGCUUUGAGCAGUUCUGCAUCAACUUUGUGAACGAGAAGCUGCAGCAGAUCUUCAUCGAGCUGACGCUGAAGGCGGAGCAGGAGGAGUACGUGCAGGAGGGCAUCAAGUGGACCCCAAUUGAGUACUUUAACAACAAAGUGGUCUGCGACCUGAUUGAAAAUAAGCUGAACCCCCCUGGCAUCAUGAGUGUUCUGGAUGAUGUCUGCGCCACCAUGCAUGCCAAGGGUGAGGGGGCAGAUGGCACACUUCUCCAGAAGCUGCAAGCUGCAGUGGGCACCCACGAACACUUCAACAGCUGGAACUCCGGCUUCGUCGUCCACCACUACGCAGGCAAGGUGUCCUACGACAUAAACGGCUUCUGCGAACGCAACCGAGAUGUGCUCUUCACGGACCUCAUCGAGCUCAUGCAGUCCAGCGAAUAUGACUUCAUCAGGGGGCUCUUCCCGGAGAACCUCAGCGUGGAUAAGAAAGGCCGACCCUCAACAGCAAGCACGAAGAUCAAGAAACAAGCCAACGACCUGGUGAACACGCUGAUGAAGUGCACGCCCCACUACAUCCGCUGCAUCAAGCCCAACGAGACCAAGAGGUCCAAGGACUGGGAAGAAAGCAGGGUGAAGCACCAGGUGGAGUAUCUGGGUCUCCGGGAGAACAUCAGGGUCCGCAGAGCUGGCUUUGCCUACAGAAGAAUCUUCAACAAGUUCCUGCUGAGGUAUGCCAUCCUCACACCGGAGACGUGGCCCUACUGGCAUGGUGAUGCGCGCCAAGGUGUCCAGCACUUAUUGCGCUCAGUCAAUAUGGACGCUGACCAGUUCCAGAUGGGCAGAAGCAAAGUGUUCAUCAAAAACCCAGAGUCGCUUUUCCUGUUGGAAGAAAUGAGGGAGCGGAAGUUUGAUACGUUUGCCCGGACCAUUCAGAAAGCCUGGAGGAAAUACAUUGCAAGAAGGAAGUAUGAGCAGAUGAGAGAGGAAGCUUCUGACAUCCUGUACAACUGGAAGGAGAGGCGAAGGAACAGCAUCAACAGGAACUUUGUCGGGGACUACCUGGGGAUGGAGGACAAGCCUGAGCUCCGCCAGUUCCUGACAAAGAGGGAGCGCAUUGAAUUUGCCGACUCCGUCAACAAGUUUGACCGCCGCUUCAAGUCAAUAAAACGUGACCUCAUCCUGACGCCCAAAGGAAUUUAUUUGAUUGGACGAGAGAAGGUGAAGAAGGGUCCGGAAAAAGGUCAAAUCAAGGAGGUGCUCAAGAGAAAGCUGGAGAUUUCUGCGAUCCAGAGUGUGUCUCUCAGCACGAGGCAGGAUGACUUCUUUGUGAUCCACGAGGCCCAAUAUGACAGCCUGCUGGAGUCCACCUUCAAAACGGAGUUCCUUAGUCUGCUGUGCAAGCGCUUUGAAGAGCAAACCCGAAGCAAACUGCACCUCAGCUUCUCAGACAGGAUCGAGUUCAAGGUGAAGAAGGAGGGAUGGGGAGGAGGAGGGUCUCGUGUGGUGGUGUUCGGGAGAGGCCAAGGGGAGGCAGCGCAGCUCAAAAUCGGAGGCAAGACGCUGACGGUGACCAUCGGUGACGGCCUCCCCAAGACGUCCAAGCCAACCAAGAAGGGGGUCCCACAGAGCAGAGGGCUCAGGAAACAAGCUCCUUCUCGGAAGGCCCCGGGCCCACCAACUGCUUCUUACCAGAAUGGAGCGGCUCGCUUCCCCCAGAAGGGUCCCCGAGGCAAUGAGCAGGCCUAUUCAUCCCCCCAGAAACAGAACCGGCCUCCAGUCGGGAUGUUACCGAAGCAGGGGGCUGCCUCUAAAGCCAGGCACACCCCAGCUGCCUCCAACAACCUGGACUUCCUCAGCGUGCCCGACCAGGGGGUCGCCGGGAUGCAGAGGAAGAAGAGCAUCAGCCAGCAUCGCCCGCCACCAGCGAGCCAACCCAAGCCACAGCCUCGCGUACAAGGGCCUCGGUGCCGGGCGCUCUAUCAGUAUGUGGGGCAGGACACGGAUGAGCUCAGCUUCAACGUCAACGACGUCAUCGACAUCCUCAAUGAAGACCCUUCAGGCUGGUGGCGAGGGAGGUUUCGAGGAAGAGAAGGACUUUUCCCAGGAAAUUACGUGGAGAAAAUUUGACUUCCUUAGAGGAGAGUUCAGCAGUAUCCAUGCAGAUGGUGCAGGCCGCUGUUAACAAUCACUAACUGCAUCCUCAUCAAUGUGCAGCAGUCUGGAGGGGAAAAAUCUGCGCUGCACAAAGCUUAGCCACUGUUAACGGGGGGGUGGGGGGAUGUCCAUUGUAUAAGGUGCGUGCCAACAUCGGGCAAAGACAGGAGACUGUUGCAAUAUGACAAGGGAACUACAAGGACUACUGCACUGUUUCUCUAAAUGACCAUCCUACACUAGCAAGUCGCUUGACUUGACCAACAAGAAGUGUGACGAGCUGAAGAGAAGUCGCCCUUCUAGCUUCUUGAAUAGCAAAUGCAAAUGGACUCUGUGAAUCGCUUUUAAAAGAAGAGGAAAAUGGGACUACGAAAAAUUUCAAAGCACACAAACAAAGAUGACGAUCACAGAAUCUAUUUUUGUACGUCUCUUUCUUUUUUUAACAAGCACUUUCAAAGAAAUCAAAAUCAGUAACCAAGUAACUCAACUUCAGGUUUGCUCGGCUCGGCUGCCACCCGUCAGAGAAAGGAACACACAGAGGGCAAAGGCAACAUCGACGGCACAUGGCGGGACCUCGGAUAGGCCAUGUCAGCCCCCCCCAAUGUGGCAUGGGUUCAAGGGCAGAGUUGCUGUUCAGUUAUAUAAAACUUCUAGAAACAAUGAGCAUUUCACUGCAAAAGGCAAAAUAUGCCAGCUGAACAACAAUGAGAUCUCAGAGGAUUCUGAAUUACACAGAUAUGGCGAACGAACGGAUUUCAGUUCUGAACACAAGUGAUGCUUGAAGAACUGCAUGCUGGGAUGCACAGUUACUCAUGUCACACGUACGAAGACAUAUAGCACCUGUCAUGGCAAGCACAAUGUACAGAGCUCCAGAUGUGCGACCCAGAGGAUUUGUACAGAUGCUGCCGCCACUGUGAAGUGUGCACACGCUGGCUGGUGCUUUACUGUUCCUGUUUUCAUUUUCAGUAUUGACUUGAGUGUGGAAUAAAAGGCUUUGGCUGUUGUUCUUCUUUUACGAUCACAAUAAAACUUGCUAUUGGACACAU